CGUUAUAUGUCAGAUUAGCAUUGCUAGUGUUUCUCCAGCGCCAGAGCUGAUUGGACUGUAAAACUUCAGUGGUUGCGAGGAAUUCGAGAAAUUCUUUGAUACACCAGAACAAAAACCACACACACAAGCCCGUGUCUGUGGAAAUACGUUCAGGCGGAUAAUGGACGUGUAAAAGAACGCGCUGAGAGAGACGAGGUAGAGCUAUCGCGUGCAAAAUCUGAAUCGCUCUAGUUUCAGUUUGCUAUGUUGGAAUUCUCGAGAGGCCGAGUUGCUCGGCUGAGCGGAACUCUGACCGUCAGAUCCAAGAGAAUGGAACUACAGACGAUCUCUCUCUUCAUCGCUGGGAUUAACGAGGACAGAUUUAGCGGAUAAUCAGCCACUUCUGGCUCAGCUUCCAGCCAUCGAGUUUUUGGUCAGUCUGGGAAAAACGAACGUUAGAUCUGUUCUUGGUUGGCAUGGCUUGACCGUGCAAUAUGGAUUUCAAAAAUUUGCCGGCGUCUGCCAACGGAACUACCAUCGCUGUAACAUAUAUUUUAGUGUUUAGGUUGUGCGCACGACUCUUCCACAUCGCCAGACAGAUUAAAUGUCUUAGUAUUUAAGAUGAUUCAAGUUUAUCAUCGUCAACAACAAAAGAAUGUAGCCAUUUGUUUUUCGUGUUGCCGAUGUGUUGGUGUCGGUUGUAAUUCUUGCACAUGGAUCGUUUACUUGAGUUGAUUCUUCUUUUCUGGAUACCUUAUUUUCUCUUUGAGACAUGGACACAACUACUGGGGAAAUUAACUGACCUGUGAUUUUUGUGCGUGACUCGUGUUACCAAAGAGUGAAAAUUUCAGCAGAUGGCUCCGGGUUUGACAGUGUCAAUGGCAAUCGAGCGCCGUGUUCCGUGCAUGGAAUUGGUUAUCGAUUCUUGAAAGCAGUGUCAGCUGCACAUGUCUUCAGGUCGAAAAACGUGCACUUCUUGGCACAAUAACUCGACCAUAGCUGAGUAGUCCUAGCUGUUGCACUUGUUCACGUAAAGUUACAGGUGCGCGAUAAUGACCCACCGGAACAGUACAAAACGGUCCGAGUCCCUCACGAAUACGCCGGGGGCAAUGUUUGGCAACAGUCAGCAUAACGUAGAAGAUAAUCCAAAUUAUCAAGUGUAUAAAAAGAUGGAGUCAAUUGUUGAUCAGAUGCAGGAUGAAUAUACUGGAGUUCCUGUAAGAACUGUGAAAAGCUUUAUGACCAAAGUGCCAAGUGUCUUUACAGGUAUUGACCUGGUGAGCUGGAUGAUGAGGAAUCUUGAUGUAGAAGAUCAAGGAGAAGCUCUACACCUAGCACACCUGAUGGCCACCCAUGGUUACCUGUUUCCUAUAGACGAUCACGUACUGACUGUGAAAAAUGACAACACAUACUACAGAUUUCAGACUCCCUGUUUUUGGCCUUCCAGAUGUGGUGAACCAGAAAAUACUGAUUAUGCUGUAUAUUUAUGCAAGAGGACAAUGCAAAAUAAGCAAAGGCUUGAACUUGCUGAUUAUGAGGCAGAGAAUCUGGCAAGACUACAAAAAAUGUUUUCAAGAAAAUGGGAAUUUAUAUUUAUGCAAGCUGAACAACAAGCAAAAGUUGAUAAAAAACGUGACAAGUUAGAAAGAAAGGUCUUAGAUAGUCAAGAAAGGGCUUUCUGGGAUGUCCAUCGGCCUGUGCCUGGAUGUGUAAAUACGACAGAAGUUGAUAUAAAAAAGGCAUGCCGAAUAAACAGACACUCCAAGAUGUCAAGGCCCAAUUAUGCAGUUCCAGGUGGAAGGAUAAGUCCAAGUGUAUCUGAAGCUGACCUCCAUAACCCCACAGAUUCUAUACGAAGGGAGAUUGGUAUUUUACGGAAAAAAGUAGAAAAGAGAAGAGUAAAAAUUUCUAAAGUUUCAGAAAGUUAUAUAGGUUAUUACCAGCAAUAUGCAGAAUAUGAUGCCUUUAUGACGUGUCCAGACCCACCCAACCCCUGGAUCUCAGAUAACCUAGAAUUCUGGGAAACUGAUCGGGCAGUUGGUCGAGAUAUCCCUCUUCGCCGGGUCAAGCGGUGGGCAUUCUCUGUGGAGGAACUUCUUCAGGAUCCUGCUGGCAGAGAUCAGUUCAGCAAAUUCCUAGACAAAGAAUUUAGUGGAGAAAAUUUAAAAUUUUGGUUAGCUUGCCAAGAGCUAAAAGGACUUCCAAUGAGAGAGGUCAACAAGAAGGUGCAUGAAAUAUUCACUGAAUUCCUGGCACCUGGUGCUAAUAAUCCUGUCAAUGUUGACUGCCACGUCAUGGAGCUAGUACGGCGGCGCAUGGAGAAUAAUCCGACGAGGUUUUGUUUUGAAGAAGCUCAGGACCAUAUAUUCAAGCUGAUGAAGAGUGACAGUUACAGCCGGUAUCUUCGCUCAGACAUGUACAAAGAGUUUUUGAGUGGAACACGGAAGAAACUGACAAGAUCAAUUAUUCCAAAGCUACCCAGCCUAAACAUUGGAGGAACAACAUCAUGAUACUGUUGAAGCACUGCUUUGUCUACAUUUGCACAACCCUACCUCCACUCCCACUGAAUGCGAUUGGUUAAUUUGCCCUGCUUGGUGGAUCAAUCUGAUGCCUUCUCUCACAGCCUGCUCAUUUGCUGCAUCAAAGACUGGAUAUAAUUUGCACUAGUUACAAACGACACCUUUUUUGAGAAUACUGUUUAGAUGAUUUGUCUUCAGCUUUGCAUGAGACACCAACCACAUGCCGCAGACCUCACUCUUUCAUUGUAACUCCUUUCCCCUUUUUCCACCGCCCUUUUUGCCAACUAAUUUUUCCUUGCUUUUCUGCUGUUUUCAGAGCAAAAAACGGCUAGAAUUAAGAAAGGUGUAGGUAAAUUCCUGAGACUAGUAGCUGGGAGUGGUGUUCUUAUAAAGCAGUACUCGGAAGAACAAAAUCCUUGGCAUGUGAUACGUGUUGUGUUGGCCAUUCGUGUUGUCGUGUGGCAACGCUGAAAGUUUAGUGGUGGUUCCAUCUUGCAUUUCUCAUCUCUGUUGGUGAGCUUGUUGCCUCAUCAUUUGUGAACCGUGCUUUCCUUUUAAGCGGACAUCGCUGGACAAACUUCACUUUCAUCUGAUCAGCAAGGCACAUGCACCUGAAAAGAGAGACUGGUCCGGGCAUCAAGGAUUUUGAAGAUCCAUGCAGUGCUAAUAUUGUGUGUGAGACAUGAAUCUGAGAAAAAGGAAAGUUCAAUUGGUGAAUUUUACCAGAGUGGUUGAUAAUAAAUGACAUCCGUGUUGUGCAUCAAGAGAAAAUGUAGUGAUUAUAAAUGUGAUAUGGUGUGCAGGCAUGUACGAACCAAAAUCUGUUUAUGUGUAAAUCACUGUAUUUGGACCAAAUGGGUAACUUUACAACCCACAACUGUGCAAGCAACACACAGGUCUUGUUCAUUCUCUUGUACAGUCAGUCAUUGGGGGUUCCUUUGUGUAAGACGACACAAAUUGGUCAACCUUCAAUUUAAAUAAACAUUGUGAGAUUUACAAAAUUUGCUGAUUCUGAGGAAUUAAGUUUUAAAUUAGAAGCCACAAUUUUGGAUGGUGAACAGAAUAUGGGAUCUUUAGAAUGUCCUUAGUAUUCAGUACAAAUAUACUUCAAAUACACUACCUAGAUUGAGUGAUUUGAAACUAAGGCCAGCUUUUAUGCACUAAUUUAUGCAAACUGGGCAAUAAAAUGAAUAAUCGAAACUAAUUUUUAUUUUACUUAAUGCUUCAAAAAAAAAAAAAAAAAAAAUUAAUAAUUUGAACCUUGAAUAUCAGAAAUAAGUGCAAAAUCAUGAAUCCCCAAAAGAAAGCUUAAGAUAGGUAAUAAAAUAUGUGACUGAAAAAAGAAUUAUGUUCCAAAAUUAGUUUGUACAAUAUUAUAACAAAAUAAAUAGCAUAGACAAAAUAUAGUGUUUUAUAUUCUGUGGGUAUCACAUAUUGUGGUUUCUGUUUUAAGAACCAGUCAAUGUUAUUUGUGUUGGUUUCCCUCAGGAUUCUGCUAUAAAUAGACAUCGCCUUACAUAAAGGACUCGCCAGUCAUUGAUAUGAUCUCAAUGAUGCUUGUAUCAUGGACUAUUUACCAAGCAUAGAUCAACAGUGUCAUCGAGUCAUUAUGUGAUAAUUAACUGUGUUUGUUCAUCAUGACAGAGUAUAUUAACUGAAACAGAACUCGUGGCAUUUAAUAGCCAUAGUCUGAAUCAGACUAAUUAGUUAAGUGCCAAACCAGUAUGUUAAUUUCAUUUCAGUACAAUAUGUCACUAUAGGUUGUUAUAUUUUCAGUUCCUGCAUUUGUCUUAAUAUAUCUUUGUCUCAGUUUUGUUUUCUAGCAUAAUACAUUAAGUUUAUUUAUGACCAGAUUUCUUUUUUGUUUUGUUACUAUUUAUUACAUAAUGAACAAAUAUAUUUUGAACAGUAUGACUCAUUACAUGUAGUUUAUAGUGGCUAUUUUUAGACAGUACUUGUUAUUUCACUCCCAGUAAUUUGUACAAUUUUGGGAAAGGGUGGGUGGUGAGACUACUACCAGAAGACCAAGUGUAUGAAUGAUUAAAAAAAAAAAACAUUUUAGGUAGAUGUUAUCCAUGUACAUGUAUAUCACAUGAUUUCCACAUUUGAAAGACGACUUACAUAACAUAUUGUAUGUUUUGGCAUUAAUUGUAUUUUCAAGAAGAUACGUCUGCUCAGCUUAGUAUUUCUCAGUUUCCAGGUUGGUUAUAUCCCUGUGCUGUAUAUUAUGCCAUUACUUGUUAUAAUAUCUGAAUUAAACUUACUGUUUGUGUAGGUUUCUCGUUGGUGAUUUUGCUUUAAAACCUGCUGCUUGUGUGUGUGUGUGUGUGUGUGUGUGUGUGUGUGUGUGUGUGUGUGUGUGUGUGUGUGUUUGUGCAUGAGAGAGAGAGAGAGAGAGAGAGAGAGAGAGAGAGAGAGAGAGAGAGAGAGAGAGAGAGAGAGAGAGAGAGAGAGAGAGAGAGAAUAAGAUACAUGAACAAAAAAUUAAAUUAAUAAAUUAUUUCCAACUGUCCGUACUCUAUGGGGGUAAGGUAGAAGUGGGGCUCCUGUCAAAUAUAACAUAUUAACUGCAAAUUUAAAAUAUCUCUUUGACAGGAUUACUUCUAAUACAUUUAAUUAUAAUAUAUAAUGUAUUAAUACAAUGUUUUAUGUACUGGUAAUAUAAUACUGAUAUAUGGGUUGUAAAAAUAUAUACUGGUACCCAGUGUAUUCUUUUGUGGAGAAAAAUGUACUACCGGUAGUAUUAGAAAUUUUAGUUACCGUAUAAUUUAAUUUCUUCCAUUACACUCUGAUGCACAAAUGAAAUUAUAUGAGCUGAGACUCACUUGACAGUGUAGAUGAAUGUAAUAUAAUAUAGGAAUUGUGGGUAACUUUUUAAACACCUUAAAAUUUAUAUUACAAAUUUUAACAAUCCUAAAUUUUUGUUUUAUCUGCCAUAUGAACUACUUUUCUACUCAGUAUAAUGUACAAAUUAAAUAAAGAUUAUUAUAGUGACAAUGGCAUUCAUUGUCUUAAUACAUAAAUGAAAACAUUUUGAAUGGAACUGUAAAUUUUCGCAAGUUUUUAUUCUCUACACUUCCAGCAUACUGUACUUAAACAGGGUGUUUGUGAUAUAAUAACUAACAAAGUUGAAUUUUUGCCUACAUUUAUGCUUCAGGUAUUUUUGCAGUAGUUUAGAGCAUUUUGUCAUAUUUUGUAUUCUGACUAAAUUUUGGCUUGUUAAAUAUGAUGCUAUUCCUUUUUACAAGUGCCUGGGAUUUUUGGUUCUUACUAGUAGGAUAAUUUUAACUAGAACAGUUUUAUAGGAAAUAUGUGUCAUUAUAGAAGAGCUGAGCUUCUGUCCAAUAUUGUCCAUUCUCUACCCAUUGUCCAUUUGUUAUUAAAAUCAAGAAAUUCUUUUGAUUUUUCAGUAUAUAUUUCAUUACGGUACAAUCUUAUGGAAAAUGUUAAGAUUUAUUUUAAAAAAUAGUUACAUUCCCCAGAAAUUUUAAACGAUCCCAUUCUUAUUGUAUGCUUACACAUUUUGUUUAUCUUUGCUUGUGCUAAUAACACUUGUUUUAAAAUAUGAGUUUAAAAUAAUUCUAUAUUUUGUUUUUAAAAAUUAAACAAGCUCUUUUAAUAUUAUGCAUAUUUUUGCUGAUUACAUGAGUUUAAGGAAAAGAACAAAUUAUUCAUAUCAGUGUAGGCAUGAACUAAUUAAUCUAGCUUCCGUAAACCUGUGCUCUCUGUUUCCUGUCAGUUUUAUUUCUUUGAAUGCCAUAUUAUAAUAUAGAGAAUGGCUAUGAGAAGAUAUACAACACUGAAUACUUUCUACCAACUUGAGAAUGAAGAAGUGAAGUACUAAAGUUUCAGCUGACUUUAUAUAAAAGUAUGUUUCCUACAGGAGAAAAAAAGAAGAAGCUAAAUCACAUGAAGUUAACCAAGAAAUAUGAAUGUCUAUCAUUCAGCAAUAAUCAGCUACAAUGAAACAAGAAAUAUGAAUGUCUAUCAUUCAGCAAUAAUCAGCUACAAUGAAACCUGUCCAAACUGGAUCAGACUGGGGACCUAAUAUUUUUUCGAUUUAGACAGAAUCUGGUAUUUAGAGAUGUUUUAGAAGUUAGAAACUUCGGGACCAAGAAACUCGGCCAGUUUUGACAGGAUUCCAAUUUGUUAUGUGUCCGAUUUAGACGGGUUUCACUGUAUAUCAUUUGAACAGUUCAUAUCCACAAGAUUUUGAUACUUCUCACAAAUGACAACUGGGAAAAAAAAAAUCAUUUCAAAAUGACAUGAAUAUGGUCCGUAUAAAAUGUCACCAAGAGUAAUGGUUCUUUAUCAAUACUUGUGUCAUAAGUUGGAAGUAAUCUUAUUCAUUUUAGGUUUAAACAUUUGUUCUUACAUUAAAAUGAAAAUAAUAUUUUGCUUUCAGUCACAAUUUAUAAUAUAUGCAAGCUGUUGCUGCUGUUAUAUUUGUUAUAGACUGAAAAUGUGAUAGUCUUUUAUAUCAGCAUUUCAGAAUGUCUACUGAAAUAAAAGAAACUUAUUAUUUUGAAUUCAGAAUAUAUUUGUUAGUGAACAAUUGCAAAAUCUUUUUAUUUCAUCUGCAUUGUUUAGUUAUUCAGCCAUAACCACAUUGAGAACAUUAGAUGACAGAUGUGUAAAAGAUGUCAUUUUAUGUGCAUGCAUAUUGUUAACAUAUCACAUCAUAAGACAUGCAUGCAUUCAUUAAUUCAUUUCGCAUCUGUUUGCACAUCAUCAAUAACAGGCCUGUUAGAGAGUUCUCAAAUGUUUUACUAGAGCAUGUUAAAAUGAUUAAAACGAGUUUUAAAAAAAAAAAUCUAACCCAAAGCCAGUAAACAAAAUAAUGCAAGGAAAAUGUAUAAGAUUUAUUGAGAAUAUUUAACAGCUCUUGUUCCAUCAAAGUAAAUAUUAUAUCUGAAAUAAAAAUUAAUUAAAUGAGAGUGGAGUAAAACAGUAUUAAAUAAACAGUUUUCAUUAUUAUAGAAUUGCUAAGUUCAUCAUAGAUUGUGCAAAAUUGAUCUUUUAAAAAUGUCUUUGAAAUUACUUUAAAUGAACAACUUGAUGAAAAAGAAAUGAAAAAACCCCAAACAUGAGGAAAAAACCAGCAUCUCUGUGUGUUACGCAUCUGGGAUCUGUAUCUUUGGUGAUGGUUUUUGCCAAAUGGUGAUGGUUUUCAUUUAGGAAUUAAUUUAUAUACAUUUUUUUAUUUCAAAUAUUACUAUAGUUAGGAAAUUGUCUUGGUAACAGUUUUCCACUCACGGGCACAUACUUGUUUGUGUUGGUUUUCUCAAUAUGAUUUUAAGUUGGACCAGGAGAAAAUUUAUGUAAUUUUUAUUACUAUGGUACUGUACUUCAUUCUUUCCAAUUUGAAAGACAAUGGAAGAAGUAAUCUUACACUGGGAAUGCUUGAACCCUAGUACAGAUAUGGAUGAAGAAUGUUGUAUUUUAAGGAUACAGGGGCCUAAUUCACAAAGGUCUUUUAGGCUCUGCUAGACAACAAAGCAUCCUUGUUGCAAGUCUUUUAGCAUUGCACCGCAAGAUCGCAAAGUUGUGAGAGUUUAGUGAAUUAGGCCCCAGGACUCCUUGUCGCCAUCUCCGUAGAUUGGGCAAUAAGACAAACAUGCCUGAUAUUUUAAAAUGAGCUUUAUAUUUGCAUUGGCUCAGGCUGAUAGGAUUUUUACCAGCAUAUUUAUGCAGUUCAAUAAGCCAGUUUAAAAAAAAAACCUAUCCAUAGGCUUAGGAAAAUGAAAUUCAGACAUUUGCUUAUAAAAUGUAAUUGUGACUUUUGUAAGCACUUACACCGAUAAUGACUAUGCAUAUAAACCUAUUACAAUAUCAGUUCAUUACAAAACAUGUUUAUAAAGUAUCAGGCCCAUGGAAGGGCAGCAAGGGGACGAUAAUGUAAAUUUUUCUUGUCCUACUCGAUAUACAUUUUAAUAAAAUGGGACUUGUAACCUCCUCCCACACACACACACACACAGUAAAGACUGUACCGCCCUCCACUAGAGAUUGCCCUCUUCCACUACAGGCCUGACUAUACAUUAUGAAUUUCUGAUUAUGUAUUUAUAAUAAUAAAUAGUAAUACACAUUAAUUAUACUGUAACUAUGUUAUAAAAUUUAAUUUUUAAAAAAUGUUAAUAAAUAUCAUCAACAUCCCAGUAUAUUUUCAAUGAAUAUGUAAGAUAAGGCACCAUAUUAAAUACAUUUUCUUGUUUAAAAUAUCAGUGUUUUUAUGUGCUUUAUGGUUGUCCUAAUGGUUGUAGCAGCCCAAACUGGGAAUACAAUUAAGUUUGAGCUACUGCAAAUAACAGAAUGAUCCGAAACACAUUAAAUAUACAGACAAGAAAAUAUAUUUAAUAUGCAAAUGUGAUGGUUAAAAAGGUUCUGUUAGUCUGAAAUAUCUUAAUAUUGGCAGCAAACUUUAAAUAUCAUAGGUACUGGUAAGGUUGGUAGUUUUAUAUCCUGGAAAUUGAAUGAUGAACGAAGAUAUAUAAAAUGAUGGAAUAUCGACACGAAUUGUUAAAUAAAUUAGAUCUAUAAGUCUGUGUCACGCACAAAUUAUAUCCAUAUCCUAGUAAUGAACAAAUAUAUAUUUUAUUAACAACCAGUUACAUAUAUAUCCUAGUAAUGAACAAAUUUGAUCUUUUAUUAACAACCAGUUACAAUCAAUAGGUUUAUGAAAACUGUAAUGUUUUUGUCCAGACUACUCCUAGUAGGCCUUUAAAAAGCUGUGCUUCCAACAUGCAUAACCAUAAUUAUUUGUUUUUGUCAGCACGAGAAUCGGCCCCCAAAAAUUGUGUUUGGAGCCAUGUGGAGAGAUCUGCUUUUGCAUUUAUUCUGUUUCUAGUAGCCCAUCAUAAAUUAGCUGUAGAAAGAUCUGUGUAUACGGUUUGGAAAACUUGCUGCAUAUUCUGUACAUAAAGAUAAACACACAAGUAACCUGUGCCAAAUCAUCCGAAUCUUCAUUCAGUAGUUCUGUAGAUCUCCAAUGAGCAAGCACAGGGCACACGUUAAUUUGUAAACGGAGCAGAAACAUCUGUUCAUAUAGAAAAGUUUGAUUUUUCUUCUUCUUCUUCUGUUUUUUUUUUUUUUAAUGCAGCUAUGUCUGAAAGACAAACAGAGUGCAAUAUAUAUCAUUCAUGUAUUUAUUAAUCAUCAUGAUAUUGUUGAUGUCCAUGCCUUUCAUCAAUUUUGGCACGGAAACCAAGUGUGCAUUUUUGUUUUUGUUUCAAACUGUAAAAUGAUUAUGGCUGUUUAGCCUAAACUGCCAAUUACCAUGAAAUGUAGAAAAAUAAAAGUUAUCUAAAGUU